AUGAUUAAGAAAAUUCCUAUAUUCGACAAAAGAAAUAUAGAAGACGAAAAAAUCAUAAAUCUAAAUACACAAUCACAUCAUCAACUUUUUUGUGAUUAUGCUAACAAGUCACUUGUUAAUUAUAGAAACCAAAUGAAAGAUCAAAUGUUAAAGAAUAAUAAGCAUCCACUUGAAUAUUCAAUUAAUGACUAUGUGUGUCUUGCAAUACCAAGAAUUGACAGAAAUAGUAUUGAUCGAUGUAAAAAGUAUUCAGAUCAAACGUAUAAAUUACAAUGCAAAAAUGGUAUACUUGAUAUUUCUUUUAGCGCAAAUGAACUUAUGCCACUAGGACCUAAUGAAUAUAGAAAACUUGAAAAUUGUCAAAGUGAUAUUAUUAGUGUAAGAGAAGCUGCAAGAAUGCAGUCUACAUCAGCUAUAACUAGGGUCCAAAGCAAUUGUAAGGGAAAAUGUAAAAAAUGUUUGUAA